AUGAAGAAAAGGGUGCGUCGACCAACUUCUCAAUUUUCCCAAGAACAGGGGGGUUACAACUUGAGAGAUAGAAAGAAAAAUAAGCAUGAAUGCAACAAGAUUUUGGGCUUGGACAGAAUUAGUAGUUUGCCAAAUGAAGUACUUGUUAGUAUACUGUCUCUCUUGUCACUAAAGGAAGCACAAGCUACCAGUGUCCUUUCUAGGCGAUGGCAGCAUCUGUGGCGGCACGUGUUAGCAUCUACUAGGACUCUCGACUUUGAUGCUGAGAAAACUUUAUGCAGAUUGUCUAACCUCAGAGCAGGAGCACGAGACUUGUUAAUCUGUAGGUACGUUGAUUGGGUGAAUAAUGUGGUGGAACAUCAUCGAGGCCCAAUGGUUGAAACAUUCAGGAUUUGUUUCGAUCUUGAUCCUAAGUUUUCAAGUUCCCUUGAUAAAUGGAUUCAAUUUGCAAUGGAAAAGGGAGUUCAAAUGCUUGAGUUGGACUUGUUAUCAUACGGUGUUUUUCCUCGGAAGUUCUUUCCGUGCUACAUUUUUCCCCAUGAACUUUUAGGUAUAAAAAAAGAGUCCACUUUGAAGCACUUGUGUUCUGAUAUUCCAAGUCUCCACCGUUGUGCAUGCAUUGGCUUUAAGUCCCUCACAGUUCUUAAUUUCAAAAGUGUUGAUGUGGAGGAAGAAGUUCUUGAGUACUUCUUGUCCAACUGUCCUGUUCUUGAACGGUUAUUAGUGGAUGAUUCACCAAAUUUGCGCAAUCUAAGAGUUGUUGGUCCAUCAGUUUCAUUGAAGUACUUAGUGAUAGAGCAAUGUUCCAGCUUCAUAAGCAUUGAGAUAUGUGACACGAACCUAGUCUCGUUUACUUAUGUUGGAUGGGAUGCCUUCACUCAACUUUCAUGCUGUCUUUCUCAGCUAGAGAUUCUCAAACUGAACGGACUUCUGUUCCAAGAAAGGAAUCAUGUAUUUCCUGUACUAGCAAAUCUCAAGCAAUUGGAACUAAAAUUUCAAGCAAAUGAUUGCUUCAUCCUUCUUCAGUUGGCUUCUUUCAUUAAGGCAUCUCCGUACUUGCACAGACUUGUGUUGGAGUUGUACCCGUUAUGCGAGAGAAGAGAAACGAGAUUUAAGAAGGCAUCCAAAUGCUCCCAUGAGUACCUUAGGGUAGUGGAAAUUGGAGGGUAUGAUGGUCGCGCAAGUGAUUUUGAAAUUGUCAAGUACUUGAUAGAGAAUGCUGUUCAACUGGAGAAAAUUGUUAUUGAUCCUGCUGAUCCUAUCGAACCACAUUAUUGUUUUCCUAAGCACAGAAUAAAGAAGACUAUUGAAGAAGUGGAGAGGGAAGAAAAUGCAAGAAAUCUUGCUAGGCAGCAGCUUAUAGAAAAGGUUCCUUCAACCGUAGAAUUUGUAUGCCUCUAG